GAGACCUUUAACCUAUCUUCUCUUGACUCCAAGGAUCAGACAAGGGUGCUGAGAGCCGGGGCUCACAACCAAAGGAGAAAUGAGCAAUCCGCGGUCUUUGGAAGAGGAGAAAUAUGAUAUGUCAGGUGCCCGCCUGGCCCUAACACUGUGUGUCACCAAAGCCCGGGAAGGUUCUGAAGAAGACCUGGAUGCUCUGGAACACAUGUUUCGGCAGCUGAGAUUCGAAAGCACCAUGCAAAGAGACCCCACUGCCCAGCAAUUCCAGGAAGAGCUGGAAAAAUUCCAGCAGGCCAUCGAUUCCCGGGAAGAUCCCGUCAGUUGUGCCUUCGUGGUACUCAUGGCUCACGGGAGGGAAGGCUUCCUCAAGGGAGAAGAUGGGGAGAUGGUCAAGCUGGAGAAUCUCUUCGAGGCCCUGAACAACAAGAACUGCCAGGCCCUGCGAGCUAAGCCCAAGGUGUACAUCAUACAGGCCUGUCGAGGAGAACAAAGGGACCCCGGUGAAACAGUAGGUGGAGAUGAGAUUAUGAUGGUCAUCAAAGACAGCCCGCAAACCAUCCCAACAUACACAGAUGCCCUGCAUGUUUAUUCCACGGUAGAGGGAUACAUCGCCUACCGACAUGAUCAGAAAGGCUCAUGCUUUAUCCAGACCCUGGUGGAUGUGUUCACGAAGAGGAAAGGACAUAUCUUGGAACUUCUGACAGAGGUGACCCGGCGGAUGGCAGAAGCAGAGCUGGUUCAGGAAGGAAAAGCAAGGAAAACGAACCCUGAAAUCCAAAGCACCCUCCGGAAACGGCUGUAUCUGCAGUAGAAGUAGAAAGACCGGGAGGAGCUUUCCUUCCAGCAUUCUUUCUGUCUCACAGAAAUUUAGAGGCAGCUCUUACCUCUCCCCAAGAUCUCUUCCCAAGGCUAAAUGGCACCCAGUUUCUUUUUCUUCACACCCUUCAUGCAGGUCCUCCUGUCCUUCUCAGAGCAAGCCAGCCAAAACUUAGCAUAAGGCAUGGUGGCAACAUUAACAUCACCUCCCUCAGGCUGGAAUUUCUAUCUUUAUUAACGCAACCUAAGAGACCUAAGAGUGCAUUCACUUAUCCCACUUUCUGUUCCUGUGGUCUUCUUUCUCCCAUGAAGCAGAAACUGGAUAAAGCUCAAGAUUUUCCAUAGACAAACCAAAGCCCACUCAUCCCCUCCUACCCCAAUCCAACCUCUGCUGGCUCCUGCAUCUCACUUGGAGGUAAAACCUCCUCCUGAGGCCAAUGCAUUCCCAACUUCCAGUUCUUUCCUUUACCCUGGCGAGUUAGUAAGGUAAGAACCAUUCUUUCUCUCCAAAACCACUCCUCCUUGGCUGGCAAGUUGGUGUCCUAACUCCGUUCUCUUCCUAGCUCAUGGCCUCUCUAGAUAAUAAAGUUGUCUCCUCCUUUCUGGAUCUCUUCCUCCUAACACCCCUCCCCUGAAACCCUGGACUCUGCCCUCUCUCCAAGAAAAUCCAUCUAUUCAACUAUUCUUGCAUUCAAUUACUCUAAAUGAGAGCGUGUUGGAGCUAUGGCAAAUUCCCUGUUGUCACCUUGCUCUUUUGCAGACAAUAUAAUAUUUAACCUCUCAUAACCAGAGAGGUUAAAUAAUUUGUCAAAUGCAAUACAGUAAGACAGAGGCAAGGACAAGGUUUGACUUCCAGCCCAGCCUCUUUUCCACAACCUGCUAAAUCUUGAUCCGUCUGAAAACUUUUCUAAUUAGUGAAGAUGACUAAUAAAAAUUUUCCCUACCUCCAAGGUAGGAGCUUUCUGGAA